AUGUCCGGCAUCCCAGAAGAGUUUGUGUUUGAGGAUCGCUAUAUGUCAAGAAAGAAGGUCGACAAGAUACUGGGGAAUUUAUUCGGGCCAGUAGAUGGCAAAUGGUAUAGGGAGCAACGCGGUGACAAAAUGAGAAUAAUAACGCCCAGAAAGCUCACGAAGAGUGAGAUUAGAAGUUUGCGUGAGACGGAAUAA